AUGGCUUGCUUUGCUGCCAUCUUAUAUCCUCAUUGGCUAGUGACGGGCCGCGACGGACAUCCGGCGGUCCACCCCCAGAAUCUCACCUGGGCAGUCUCCGAUGUCGGGGCUUCAUACCUCCUGCAGCAAGAGAAGAAAGGCAUCUGGUCAGCCGACCUUUACGGCAAAAAGGUUGCCCCAUUCGUUGCAACUUCGACUGAGAAGGUUCUCGCCUGGCUGGACCCCAAGUCAACUGGCAAGUCUUGA